CCCGCCAUUUUCAUUGCGCCGCCGGUUUGGUUGGUCAGCCCGCUGUCUAGUUUCUUAUAUCAUUUUUAUAUUUCACCCACCUGCCUCUUCUUCUCUCUUUAUCUUCCCCUCCUUCACCUUUCUACCCUGUUACAAUUUCCUACCUCAAACAUUACCAAAAUGGUCACUGUUGACAAGCUCUUCACUCUGUCUCAAGUAUCUGAACACAACACCCUCAAGGACUGUUGGCUCAUCAUCCAUGGCAAGGUGUAUGAUGUGACCAAGUUCUUGGAAGACCAUCCUGGUGGCGAUGAAGUAUUGUUGUCGGCAACAGGAAAGGAUGCCACUGAUGACUUUGAGGAUGUGGGGCAUAGUUCUAGUGCCAAAGAAACCAUGGCUCAGUUCUAUGUUGGAGAGAUUGAUGUAUCGACCAUACCAAAGAAGAAGGCAUAUACACCUCCCAAGCAGCCUCAUUACAAUCAGGACAAGACAUCGGAGUUCAUUGUUAAGCUUCUCCAGUUUCUAGUUCCUAUUGCAAUCUUGGGUUUGGCCCUCGGCAUCCGCCUCUACACAAAAUCAACUUAAGGUUCUCAAUUACUCGUGGCACCAGACAAUUGGUAUCUUAUUGUUAGACUGCUUUGUUUUUCUUUUUUCUUUCUGUUGCAUUGUUGUCUUUUGCAUCUUGGGAUGGUAGUUUAGUGUUCCUGAUAAUAGUUGUGCUUCUGCUGAUUUCUUCCUCAAACAUGGGGAUAUUUUACAACUUACCUUUCCUUUUCUUUUUUAAAUAUUUUUAAUAAUAUAUCAACCGAAUAGAGAGAGCCCUA